AGCAAUGGAUAUUACUACAAGUACAAGCACAAUCUUUUUUGAUAUGUGUACAUAGAAGGGAAUUGAUAAUAUUAAAUAUUGGACUUCACUAUUCACCCUCUGUGUUUCUGUGAUAUUGACAAUGUCUGGGGAUUCAAUACUUGGAUGGUUAAGGAUGUUCCUGUCACUUACUCUGAUAUGGAUUCUUGCGUCUAUUACAGUUGAAUGUCAAGAGUGUUCUACAUCAGGGUCGAAUGUGUUUGGUGGCUAUCAGUAUGUCUUCUACCAUGGUGUCCACAAGACAUUCUCUGACACACGUGCACUUUGUCAAAGCUUAGGAGGUGACAUGCCAAUCAUUACAUCAGCUGGUCAAAAUGCUUUCAUUGCCACGAGAUUACCGACGAGGUAUGGUAACUAUUACAUCGGCUUAGAAGGCACGGAUAAGGAUGAUGAAUACAAAUGGAUUGAUGGAAUGGACCCUGAGUAUACCAACUGGGAUUCUAGUUUAAACAACCCAGACAAACCUUACUGUGCUGUAAUGAGGUCGUCUGGAAAUAGCUCGGUAAAUGGACUAUGGAACCGAGUAACAUGCACAUCAACUAGAAAACAUAUCUGCCAAAUACCUAUCGACGAUUACUGUAGAUGGCAAGAGCUCGGCGAAUCUCAGUAUCUCAUCAAGUUCGCACCUCGUGCAACACCAAGUGCUGCCAGGGAAACAUGUCAAAGUUAUGGCGGUGAUUUGGCUAUCAUCAAAACAGCCGAAGUCAACAACUUUCUCAAAGCGCUUCUACCUCCAUUUAAUCCUAGUGAUCCAUAUUUUUGUUUCUUGUUCGGGCUUUCGAGGAGUGGCAGGGGAACUUUCUACUGGCUGGAUGAUACUGCACUCGAUCCUAGGUAUAAUGAUUGGUAUACUGCCACGGAACCAAAUGAAGCUGACACCUGGGGUUGUCUUGGUACGCGUGGUGGUCCUUGGUAUGACCAGGUUCCACAGCUAUCUUCACCGUACAUUUGUGAGCGUACACGAGUAUCUGAUAAAAAUAGUGAAGCAUCAUUUGGAGGUCUAGAUUAUUUCACCUCUCCUUCAUGGCUAGCUCGGUCUUUCUCAGAUGCACGGACCUACUGUCAGUAUCAUGGAGCUGAUUUAGCACUCAUCAAAUCACACGAUAUCAAUACUUUUCUCCAUGUCAGGAAUUCUGAGGAAUAUUCGGGAUCAGAUGACCAGAUAUUUUUUGGUUUGACUGACCAAGCUGAUGAAGGCACAUUUAUAUGGAUCGACGGAACACCUUUACAGUAUUCUUCAUGGAAGUCUCCUGAACCUAACGGCGAAAAUAAUGAAAAUUGUGCCUCUCUACUACCUUCUAAUCCAAACAUGGGAUGGGAUGAUGCUUCAUGCAAUGGCAUACGACCCUUCAUAUGUGAACGCUAUCAGGAUGUUCCUGAAAAUGAGUGGAGUCGCCUUGAUGGAACCCUGUACUAUAUCUCUCAAUCCUCGAUGACGUCAUACUCAUUUGCUAGAAAGUACUGUCAGGAUCAAGGAGGUGAUCUUGCCCAGCCUAAAACAAACGAAAUCAAUAUGCAUCUCAUCCAGCUGGCUGGAGGUAACUCGUAUUGGUUUGGACUCGAUGAUAUCAAUCAAGAGGGCACGUUCCAAUGGAUUGAUGGCACUCCACUCAACAAUAGUGGAUUUCCUGGUUGGUCGAAUGGUGAUGCAACCCUAUUUCAGAAUGAAAGAUGUGUUCAUCAGAAGGUUACUAAUGGAUGGAGAAAACUACCAUGUACAUCCUACUCCAGGUUCGCAUGUGAAAAACCUCCGAGUCCGCGACAGAUCCUUCCUGUACGUCUAAUGGCAGCUACUCCAUCCCCCUACGGAGGAGGUCAGGUGAAUUCUUCAUUUGUCUGUCUACUCGGCUCAGAGAAUGAAGAGUUUCUCACAUUGUCCACCAGAAGACUCGUCCGUCUGACCGAGGCUAUAAAUUCCGAUAGUUACACAGCACCAGGAGACAGCAAUGGUGCAUCAUCUGUAGUGUUAAGGCAGACUCUUCCAACUACUAUGGACGGUUUGGGAUUUUACGAAUGUUCUGCGGUGACAGCCAGUAGAAUAACAUCUGCUCCUCUUGGCAUUCUUCCUUCUACCCGCCAAUGGCAACCCAGUGAUGGUCGAUUUACAAAGACAGUACACGUUGGAGAUGAUAUCACACUCAGUGUGAUGAGCACGACAGGGAUGGUAGGUGAAGACAGGAUCAGAUGGCGGAAAAUCACUGAUGUAGACUGGGCUAAUUCACUUAUCGGAAUGAGUUCUGGUAGUCUAACACACACAAUCCAAUCUGCAUCUGUCUCAGACGCCGGUGUGUAUGUGACUUACGAGGAUGGAACGUUGGAACAACAUCAAUUUAGCUUCAUAAGACUCAUCGUAAAGGAGUGCCCUUAUGGAAGAUGGAAUCCACCAUUAUGCGAUCGUUUGUGUGAUAGUUGUUAUAAUGGAGGUGUAUGCCACGAACUCUCAGGAACAUGCAUCUGUCCUCCUGGCCAUGCUGGAAAGAACUGCCUCCAAGGUAAAAUCGAGAAAUCUCUGAAGAAAAUAUUAAAACCCCUUUAUUUGUCUUUAUCUAAUACAUUCUUUUCCUUUGGUUGA